UGAGCGGAUGGAGGCAAGUGAGCUGUUGAAUUCAUAAUGGCCAUCCUCCUGCAAUGGAGAUCUGUGAGGAUUUCUUCGGACAUGUUAUUCUGGGAUCGGAUGGGGUAGACGUGGAAGUCCAGACUAAGCUAAUGUUCAAGUCGAGUGCGACAUAUAACAUCUAGUUUAUGGCCUGUAUGCAUGAAUCCUAAAAGUCGCCGAACCACAAGUUUGAGAAAUGAAAAACGUGGGGAAGACCAUGUAUGUGUUUUGGAAAGUCCCGCACUUAGCUUGAACUGCGGAGAGAAGCGACCCUGGCUUUCACUAUAGGAAGGAGCGCAGCUUAUAACUUCAUGUGUUAUAUUUUGAAGAAAGUUUUCUAUCAUCUUUAUAAUGGCAAGGUGUUGGUCCAGGAAAUCUUGGAUUGAAGAAACCUUCCACAAGAGGGACUGUGUGAAAUUUAUCCCGGCGUCACGAGAUCUUCACAGGUGCUCUCCUAUGUGUCAAGUAUGCCAGAACUUAAUCAGGUGCUGUUGCGGUAGACUUAUCGGGGAGCACACUGCCCUGGGCCGUGCCCAGCCCCCACACCAGCAGGCCCAAUCAGACGCGGGGGAGGAGGAGUGGUCAGUGGACCUGCACACUAAGCCCGCCCCCACAGAUGCCUUUGGGACCAUCGACUUCCAGGACGGCUCGCGCUCCUGCCGAGCCAAGUACCUGCGGCUGUCGUGUGACUCCAGGGCGGAGCAGGUGCUGCAGCUGAUGCUGAGGGAGUGGCAGAUGGACAUGCCCAAGCUGGUGCUCUCUGUCCACGGUGGGGCAGACUCCUUCCCCCUGCCUCCCAGAGUGAGACAGGCCUUCAGCAAGGGUCUGGUCAAAGCUGCAGAGACCACGGGGGCCUGGAUCCUGACUGAGGGCAUGAACACAGGGGUGUCCAGGUAUGUGGGGGACGCAGUCAAACAGCACGGCACUCAUGACUUCCGGAAGAGGUACGUUGUGGGGAUCGCUGCCUGGGGGGUCAUCGAGAACCAGAGCGACCUCCUGGGAAAGGAGGUGGUCAGGCCGUACCAGACUGUGGGGAACCCCCUCAGUAAGCGGACCUGUCUGAACGGCCUGCACUCCCACUUCCUGCUGGUGGACGACGGCACUCUGGGAAAACAGGGCAACCAGACACAGCUCCGCACCAGGCUGGAGAGACUGCUCCAGCUGCAGAAGAUCCACCCCAGGCUGGUUCAGAGGGUGCCUGUUGUGUGUGUGGUGGUGGAGGGCGGUCCUGGUCUUGUGUCCCUGGUCCUGGAGUAUGUGCGGAGUGUUCCCCCAGUCCCAGUCAUUGUGUUUGAGGGGACCGGCCGAGCUGCUGACCUCCUGGCUUUUGUACAUAAACAAACUACAGACAACCGGCACCUGGGUGCAGGUGUCAGAGAGGACGUUGUGAUGAGGAUCCAGCGCACCUUCAGCCUGGGCAGUGUCCAGUCCCACCAGCUUUGCAGGCUCCUCGUCCAGUGCAUGGACCACAGAGAUUCAAUAAGCAUCUUUGAUUCUGAAUCUGCGGACCAGCAGGACCCAGACACAGUGAUUCUGACUGCGUUAUUCAAAGGUAGCCGAGCGCCGGCUCCAGACCAGCUGAGUAUCGCACUGGCAUGGGACAGAGUGGAUAUCGCUAAGAAACACAUUCUGGUCUAUGGACAGCAAUGGAAGGUGGGCUCUAUGGAGCAGGCCAUGCUGGAUUCCCUGCUGAUGGACCGCGUUGACUUUGUCCAGCUGCUGAUCGAACAUGGUUUGACCAUGAACCGCUUCCUCACCGUGUCCAGUCUGGAGGAGCUUUAUAACACGCAGCUUGGCCCAGCAAAUAAUUUCUUACAUCAUCUUGUGCAAGAUGUGAGGAAGACUCACCUCCCUGUGGGGUACAGGGUCUCUCUGAUUGACGUGGGCCUCGUCAUCGAGUAUCUCAUGGGAGGGGCCUACCGCAGCUCCUACACCCGCAAGCACUUCCGCAGCACCUACAACCGCCUGCAAAGCCAGGGCAAGUCCGUGUCCUCGGAGAAGGGAAGCGGCAGGGAGGAUGUAGGGCGCUUUAGCAGGCCGAGCGGAGCUCCCAGCAUGCAGCAGGAGACCGAAGGCGGAGCCCCUCCCCGCCCCCACUUCUUCCGCACGGCACAGCCCUACAAGCGCAAGGAGAGAAGCGGCUUUACGCCGAAGUCGCGGGUGAAUAAGUGGGCGGAGGCCAAAGGCCCCCCGCUGUUUGUGCACAGCUUCAACGACCUGUUUGUGUGGGCGGUGCUGAUGCGCCGCCAGCAGAUGGCGCUGUUUCUGUGGCAGCGGGGCGAGGAGGCCAUGGCCCGGGCGGUGGUGGCCUGCAAGCUCUAUCGCACCCUGGCGCAGGAAGCCAGAGACUGCAACAUGGGGGACAGCACUGCCGAGGAACUCAAGACUUACUCGCUAGAGUUUGGGCAGCUGGCGGUGGACCUCCUUGACCAGGCCUUCCGAGACAACGAGCGAAUGGCCAUGAAGCUGCUGACCUACGAGAUGAGCGACUGGAGUAACUUCACCUGCCUGCAGAUGGCGGUGUCCUCCGGCUUGCGGCCCUUCGUCUCGCACUCCUGCACACAGACCCUGCUGACCGACCUCUGGAUGGGCCGCCUCAACAUGAGGAAGAACUCCUGGUUCAAGAUCAUUCUGAGCAUCCUGGUGCCCCCGGCCCUCUUCCUGCUGGAGUUUAAGAGCGAGGCCGAGAUGUCCCACGUGCCCCAGUCCCAAGAGCCUCUGCAGUUUGGCUGGGAGACGGGCGGGACUCCGGGCGCGGCUCCGGGCACGGAAGAUGAAGUACGCAUCGGCACGAUCCAGAGUGAUGCAGAAAAAGGACAGGAGGAUUCUGGGAAUUUGGAUGCUCGACCACAUGGAAUCCUCUGGACCAGGAAGGUGUACGAGUUCUACAGCGCCCCGGUGGUUAAGUUCUGGUUUCACUCGAUGGCCUACCUGGCGUUUCUCAUGUUGUACUCCUACACGGUUCUGGUGAAGAUGAGGGCCAGCCCCAGCGCACAGGAGUGGCUGGUCAUCGUCUAUAUCCUCAGCACCACCGUGGAGAAAGUGAGAGAGGUGCUCACCUCUGAGCCUCGGAAGCUAAGUAAGAAGCUGAAGCUAUGGUUCGGAGAGUUCUGGAACGUGGUGGACUUCAUCGCCAUCGUCCUCUUCCUGGUGGGCCUGGUGCUGCGGUGGCAGGACCUCCCUUUACGGACAGCGGGGCGCCUAACAUACUGCCUGGACAUCAUCUUCUGGUACGUGCGGCUCCUGGACCUGUUUGCCGUCAACCAGCAUGCGGGACCUUACCUGACCAUGAUCGCCAAAAUGACCAACAACAUGUUUUACAUUGUGGUGAUGAUGGCUAUCGUCCUGCUGAGUUUCGGGGUGUCCAGGAAAGCCAUCUUAUCGCCCAAUGAGCCCCCUUCCUGGACCCUCGCCCGGGACGUUGUUUUCCAGCCUUACUGGAUGAUAUUUGGGGAGGUGUAUGCUGCGGAGAUUGAUGCUUGUGCGACAGAGAAGCCCUGCGCUCCUGGUUCCUUCCUAACGCCCUUCCUGCAGGCCGUCUACCUCUUCUUCCAGUACAUCAUUAUGGUCAACAUCCUCAUCGCCUUCUUCAACAACGUGUACUUCGACAUGGAGUCCAUAUCCAACAAGCUGUGGAAGUACAACCGCUACAGGUACAUCAUGACCUACCUGGAGAAGCCUUGGCUGCCACCGCCCUUCAUCCUCCUCAGUCACAUGACCCUGGGCCUCUCCUCUGUCCACCGCCAUCAUCGCGGGAGGACGUCUGAGCAGGAGGCGCAGUCGGGACUGAAGCUCUACCUCUGCCAAGAAGACCUGAAGAAGCUUCACGACUUUGAGGAGCAGUGCCUCGCUGCACACUCCCACCGCAAGAGCGAGAGUCUGCAUUCCAGCCAGGAGAACCGGAUCAGAUCCACCAACCAGACAGCGGAGGAAAUGAGCGCGCAGCUGCAGGAAGUGGCGGGGAAGGUGCAGGCGGUGCAGGACGAGCUGCAGGGUCUGGACGGGCAGCUGGGCCGGCUGCAGGACAUGUCCGCUCUGGUGGUGGACACGCUCGCCGUGGUGUCUGCGGCAGACAGCCGGCAGGCGGGGGAGGCCCUGCUGGGCCUCAGGCAGCCAUUUUCCGGCUCCUGCCGGCGCCUUCCGCACAGCUGGAGCCAUCUGGGUCACGUGACCGCCGCGGUUGGGGGCGGAGACGGCCUCUGCCUGGCCCCGCCUCCCGCGCAGCACCGCAGCACCCCGCCCUCCCUGCUGCGCUGCGUCGUCCGCGGCAACCGCCGGCCCUCCCUAGACUGGCGGGGCUCCGGUGGGUUGUCGGCAGCGAUGGUGAAGACGGACAGCAGAGGGGCGGAGCCUCUGCUCACGGCCCUGCCCCUCAGUUUCAGGCACGCCCACCCCGCCGUCUUUCCCCUCGGGAGCCGUGGGAGGGUCCCGCCCCAGGGGAGACACCCCCUGUGCGCCAGCGACCCCCCCGAACAUUUCUACUCCGGACCCGGGCUCCACGACUCUCCGUCCCCAACCAGCCAGGUAGAGGAGGAUGGAGAAGAGGAGGAGGAAGAUGAGGAAGAGGAGGAGGAAGACGAAGGCCCAGAAGACUUCGACGUGUCCCGGGCUUCCAGCCACACCGUCCUCCUCCCGGAUUCUCUGCACGAGACCGGUGGGGUGGCGGGAUUCCUUAAUCCCGCCUUUUCCGGGGAAGGAGACUCCGGAAGCUUCCGCAGAAAGCUCCAGGGGGGUAUGUCCCGACAGUGCCGGUCCCUGUCGGCCAGCCUGGAGAGCAUGCACCGGACCCCAAACAUGCCCUGCUCGUCCGGACCCCCCCAUGACAGGCCUAACAGCCAGUGGGACAGGGGUGAAAAUCCUCCAGUCCACCACGCCCUACACAGAGAAAUAUCCAAGUCAUCAGAGAUAUACGGGUCCAAGAGACCGGAGAGUGAUGUGAAAUGCAGACAGAGGACAGUGAAGAUCAAAGAGAACCACACGAAGAGGGGAAAAGACGGUGGCCUCCGCUGUUCCCAUGUGACCCUGGAUCCCAGUCGAAAGAAGAGGCGUCGAGGGGAAGACCUCCGGAGCUCUGCUAGCCUGUCGCAGCUCAAUUUCGUACAGAUGGAAUUAAUGCAUAAAUGUGGAAUUUCCUGUCAGGAUAUUUUGGGCGCCACCCCAUCGGUGUGGAGCAGCUGGUCCAUGUCUCAGAGCCGCAGAUCUUCGGUUCAGAGUGUGACUGGACUGGACUCAAAGGGCUCCACGUUCCAGACCGGUGAAGAUCUCGAUCCUCAUUAUUCAGCGGUGGAGAGGAAUAACUUAAUGAGACUCGCCGGCACCAUACCCUUCACUCCCAUUUCACUACUGGCCGGAGAGGAGGUGAGCAUCUACUGCCUGGAGGAGGGGUCAUCGGCGGAGGACGGGGGAGAAGCCGGGCCCUCGUGGUGUUGGCGGGGCCGGUCGGCCCUGCUGCAGCCCCUCUCCUGGGACGCCACGCACGGCCGUCUGCGCAGAGCCACGCGUGUGCUGUGCACCUGGGCCGAGGGCGGGGUGCUGGACCCCGGGACCGUCUACAUCGCCAAGGCCUUCCUGCCCGAAGCGGUGAACACCUGGGAGAGGGCCUUCCGCAGCGACACGGCGCUUCAGCUCUGCCUCAGGGAGAUUCAGCAGCAGCGUGCUGCACAGAAACUGAUGCGUGUUUUCAACCAGAUCAAACCGCACAGUAUGACACACUCACCAAAGUUCCUGGACGUCUUCCUGCUGCACUGGCGGUCCCGGGACCAGUGGCUGACCAUCGAGAGGAACCUGAACGGACACUUCCGGAAAUAUAACGACAACACGGGGGGGGAGACGAGCCCGGUGUGCGGGCUGGAGGAGACCGUGCUGGCCUUCUCUCACUGGACCUAUCAUUACUCCAGAGGGGAGGUUCUGGUGCUCGACCUCCAAGGGGUAGGUUUGGAGCUGACGGGCCCGUCGGUCAUCACGUCAGACGAUAAAAGCUCGCCGGGUGAUUUGGUGUUUGGCCCUGGCAACCUUGGGGACGAGGCCAUGCACGGUUUCAUCCUGAAGCACACCUGUACCGGCUGCUGUGCCAAACUCUGCCUCUCAGAUUUGAGGAAAGCCAAAGCCCUCCCUGGAAAAAUAAAGCCAGCUUUUGAAGAGGACAGUGCUGUGAUCAUGACCCGGCUUUGACCUCUGACCUGGAAGUGGAUCCAUUUACUUCCAAAGACAGUAGGAAUGCAGCAGAACUGCCACGUCCCUUUGCUGUCCGUGUGCGACUUGCUUGUCUGGGCUGAUAAGUGUUUUAAAUUGACUAUGUUUUGUUACAUACAGGUUUGCCCUUCUGUCCAUUUUUACCAUUUAAAGCUGUGUCAAAAACGGACGGGUGUGAACUGUGGUAUCUUAGUUGCCUUUCACCAAUUGUGUUGAGAUUUCAGUGAUUCAUCUCAUUCAAUCCUGUAGAAAGAACACUGGGGAUUAUUUUCUUCUGGAUGUGCGGGUUAUUUAAAUACACAAGAGAGGCAAGCUCAUAAAUACUGUACCUCGAAAACUGUCGCCGUUUUCUCCUCUGAGUUGGGCCCUGUUUUUCAGCUUAAAGUUUGUAGCCUGUUUCAACUUGCCCACUAAGGCUAAAUGCCUGGUUUAGUCUGUGAUGACAUGAAUUAUAAUGUGAUUAUAAUGUAAUGAUUAUAAUGUAAAAACCUUCCGAAUAAAUUUCUGUGCACAAUGA